AUGGGGAGGACUGGCAGGGAGCAAUCUGCUCAACUGGGGCCACCACUAGAUGUCCAGCUUCACUCAAUCAACUGUACUGCCAUUGGUGCUCGUUGGAAGAUGCCUAAGCAACAUGCACAUGUGAUUAUUGGAUACACAGUGUUCUUCUCUGAGGAGACAACGAACAAGCCGAUGCAGUACUUGUCACACGAUAUACCACUCCAUUAUGAUGUCACCAACUUGGAGGCUGUUAUUGGUGGUUUAAAACCAGGAACUCAAUAUCGUGUUCACGUGGGAGCCUAUGACUCGGAAACCAAAGGACAAACCAGUGUACCUAAAAGUAUAACAACUUUAUCAAAAGAUAGAUGCAUGCCCCCAGCACCUCCUGAACAACCUCAGGUUGUUGCAGUUUCAGAUUCAGAAGUGGCGCUGUCAUGGAAACGAGGAAGCAGUGAAGGAAGCUCCCCAAUCAAAUAUUAUGUGAUGGAAUACAUCAGGCCUGUGUUCGACAGUAGCUGGACAGUGAUUAAGGAGCAGAUCCUAAUGGACACCAUGAUUAUAAAAGGACUCGAUUCAGAUACUUCGUACCAGUUCAGAGUGCGGGCAGCUAAUGAGCAUGGCCUUAGUCCUCACAGCAGCAUCAGCAAACCAGUAAGAACAAUGAGAACUGAGGAACUUGGAAGUGGGCACUACGAGCAUGCAUAUGUCACAGAUACCAAAAGUGGGGAUGAUGAUGGAAUUGAUAUUGAUGAUUCUGACUAUGAUAUCUACAUUGAAGAGUUCAGACCCCUCCCUGCACUUAAAGGUGAAAACAAGAAGUACCUCGUUGAAACCAAGAUAAUUCCAACAUCUGUCCCAGAGAUGCCAAAGAAGGCACUGACAGGAUUUGUGACUACAACCUCAACAACAACAAUCACUCCUACUACCACCACCACUAAAAAGACAAGUACUACGCGAGCACACUUUGACUUCUCCUGUGAGGAAACAGCCUGCCCUGCCGAUAGCUUCUGCAUCAUUGAUUAUGAUCAUGGAGGUGCCCGCUGCCACUGUAGCCUUGGCAAAGGAGGAGCACAGUGUAGUGAAGGUAAUAAAGCAUUUUACUUAAAUCCUGUGUUUCACUAG